UGCAUACGUGUAGCCCACAUACUCUCAUUUAGACCCGCAGCCAUUCAUGUUGUUGGACUACUGCUGUCGUUGUUGUGGAUUCACACUCAUAAAACGCCAUGGACACUUGUCCCUCAAGACCACACCCACUGAUACCUGGGUCGUCCUGCAGAAUCUGUUGAUGUGCAUGGUGUGUUUCUACUCUCUCUAUUACAUUGCGGUCAGUCUUUGCAUCGGACUGUUCAGUGUUCAUGAGAUCAACAGCUUGUUGGCACCAUUCGACUACACAACGCAACCGUCAUGGCAGAACCCCAAAUACCUGGUUGGUGUCAUUUCCACAGAAGUGACCUACGUUUUAGGAGGGCUGAUCUUUGCCUGGAUUGUAGAGGAGUGCGUCUGGGAUUACGCCAUAACUGUGACACUGCUACAUGUCGCGAUGACCGUGGCAGUGAUGUCAGACUUCCCUUCAGCUGAACACUGGUGGAUAGCUCUUGGAUCAGGCCUGGUGAUGAUGAUAUUCGGGGGACAGCUCCUGGCCUACAAACUCUUCAGAACCAACUUUGUGUGUCCAGCUGAACUGCAGAACUUCUGAUGGACACAAUGAGGAAAUCUUUUAACUGGCUUACUGGUUAAUCUCAGGCCUGCAUGCAUCCUAGUGGGUACACUGUAAAGAGUGUACAGCUAGGUUCAUGUUAACACUGGUGUGUGUUUGUCUCCCAACACACUUGGUAACUUUUUUCAUUCUCUUAUUAUCAGAUCCCUCUUUGUGUAUAAAAAAAUACAUUUUAUUAAUCCCCUUAGGUAAAGUAUUCCUCUGCAUUUGACCCAUCCUAGAAUUAGGAGCAGUGGGCUGCCACACUGAGUAGCGCCCAGGGAGCAUUGGGGGUUGGGUACCUUGCUCAGGGGUACCCCAGCCCUUUUUGGCCAGGUGGAGAUUUGAGCCGGCAACCCUCCGGUUACAAGUCAAGUUCCCUUUCCACUUGGCCACGGGCAAGCAUAUAUUGUCAAUUUAGCAGUAUUUUUGUAACAUUCUGUACAGUUUCAAUAUUUUUGUACAUUUUUCUUCACAAAUGUCAUACUGUAUACAAUAUAGGAAAAUAUUUGCGAGUUAUAAUAUAUUGUACAAUGUUACAUGGCUGGUUUGUAGAGUAUACUAGUCUGAUACCCGUCAAAAUACCGUCUGUCAGGUCUGUGCUGCAUCUACAUGUACUCAGACAACAUUUUUUAACCCUUUGAUGUGUUAAUACUGCCAACUGUAUCUAUUAUGUAAAAUGUGUUUACAAUGGAUAACUUUAUUCAAAAAGAUUGUUUUACUUGUUAAAAUUGUAAAAUUGAAGUGAUUGAUAAUGAUUGCAGUCGUACAAAUAAAGUGAAUACAGAUCUAGACUUUUCCACCAGAAUUGGGCUCCCCUUGAAGUCCCCCCCACCCCCAUCUGUUUGUUGGAUAGACCUAUUUUGCUUACAGUAAAAAUUAAUAAUUCAUAAACUGAUUUAUGAUUUAUUUAUACUAAAUU